AUGUCUUUCGCCUAUACUGAUCAGCCAAGCGUGCCGCCGUCCAUCGAAGCUAUGAUUGAAAAUCAACUUGCCCACUCCACCAACCUCGACCGGGAUUUAGAGCUGGACAAUGCCGACCAUGGCAGACCAUCUUCAGUGUUCGCGGUUCGGACGCCCUCCAAAUCGCAGUCGCCGUCCAAGAGUCGUUCCCUCUCCGAGACUGCUCCAGCGCUAUCACCCUCGCCCAACUUCCGCGAGACCUUAAGAAGAGGCUCGAAAGAUGACCAUGCCAUUGCCUCCGAACCAAAGACGCCUAGGAGGCCCGACUUCCUUGCUCGCGGCUUGUCGUUGCAGCUGCCGCCUAGGGAUAUGGGCGUGCAGAGUCCAGGAGCAAACUACACCACCCGCGCGCCGCUUUCGCCACAACUGGACCGCAGCAAUACAUAUGGCACGCCAGUGACGGUGCUUCCAAGACGUUCCAGAGGGCUCGAUUUCGCCCGCGCUUGCACGAACCUCCAUCAUUCUACACUCGCAGACCACAGCUCGCCGGAUUCUUCCCCAACCAUCACGCAGAAGGGCAUUGCGAUACCACAGAGGAAGGCAUAUGGAUCGAUCAGCAUGGACUCACCCAACAUGGGCGCUAGUGCGUUGUGGGGUCAAGCAGACAGAAUGGGAGUGUCCGGUUCAGUUGGCAGCGUGAAUAUGCUUGGUUCUGGUUCCUCCAGCAGCGGAGACGACGAAGACGAUCCCAUGGAACCAGACGACAACGAAGAACCGAUAUUGUCCACGCCACACGUGUCAAAGAUGAACAACACCGCGAUCAAUGCUUUUGGCAUUUCAGCAAGCCCUGGGGCUUGGCCAGUCAGCUUCUCGCCGGGUUCCACAAACCUGAUGCACAGACAGCGGGCGCGGCUACGAAAAGAACGAAGUAGGAAAAGUUCGAGCAGCGCGAGUGGACACAGCUCUAUGGCAAGCCCGAACCCGGGUUCUCCGCCGCCGGGCAAGAGCUGGGAAAACAAGAACGGGGGGUACUUUGCGCAAGGACUGACAAGGCAAAGUACACGGUCAAGGCGGGAGAGUCUGAGCAUGGUUGCCAACGAGCUGCAUAUAUCUUCCGGCAACGACAGCGGAGACGAGGCUACAAUGCCUGCGCCGUCAACGCCGGGAGUGGUGCGUAGACCUGUGACGCGGCGUGGGAACCUGCUCCCCAAGACACGAGCCUUUGGGCGCAUACGAGCAGAGCUCUUCGAGGAGAGUGCACCGGUCGACAGUGAAGUCAGGCGGGAAGCAGAGACCAUGCGGCAGGUCCGCGAAAGCGAGGCGCCGACAACAUCAACCGCGCAGUCUUCACCGGCACUGCUACCGACCGUACCUGGUCUUGAUGGACCUCUGGAAGGCAUACCUGAAGACAGUGCUAUGACUCUCGACAACGGUGCACCCGCGGGCAAGGGUUUAUUCGGUGCUUUCCCCUUGCAGGCGUCCCGGGCCAGCAGUGUUAGUGGAAGGGAGUACUGGGAUAACUUUGACAGCCAGUCGCAAAUGCCUCCUAUAAGCUUUUUCCCGCGCCAAAGCUCGUCUGCCAUGAGCGAAGACAUGAACAUGGAUUCCCCUACCGUUUCCACUCCGUCGAACUCAGUCUAUCCGACAAUAAGCAACGAGACACAGCCUUCAGCGCGAGAGCCCUCUGUCUCACGCGCUUCAACACCUCAACCAAUGGUCCCACCCUCAGCAGUCGAUGGCCUACGGAAACAAAAGCGCCGUCGCGAUGAUGACUUUGACGACAUCAAUUCCUUCAAGCGGCGGGCAGUAUCACCAGGCAUGAGUGUUCAGAACAGCCCCAUCCUAUCACAAUCACCAGGUCAGAGAGGGGAGUGGGGAGCACCACCGAAGACGAGCCGGGAGGGCUCUGUUGGUGUGGGGCAGGCUCUUAGUGGACACGCUGCUGGCGAGCGGUCGAACAGUAGUGGAAGUACGUCCACGCCGAGCUUGGGGCCGAAGAGGGUUGGGCUGCAAGGCAUGGUGGACACGAAUGACGGGCUGAUGAAGAUGAGCAUUGAGUGA